CUUUCUCUCCUAUCCUAUUCCCUCACCCUCUGUCCCUAAAAUUGUAUACCUCCUUUUCCCUAGCCCACCAUAGAACUACAUACCGUAAGUAUGAAUGCUCGAUCCACUUACAUAACCGGGCCCUUUCUUUUUCUUUCCCCUCAGCAACGCCGGCCACUAGACCUAAACAGGCAAGAGAACAAUAAGCGGGCCACCUCCGCGGAAUCCUACCGCUGCAGCAGCUGUUCUGUUGUUCCACGCAUCAACGCAAUCGAUAACCUCCCAACAGUCUCCUCAGAUUAGUGGGCAGCUAGCCCUUUCUUUAUCACACUAAUACUUCGCUCAGAAGCCCCAAACACAAUGCACGAAGUCGCCAUGUUCCCGCCUUCCUCCCCCAUCGCCGUGACCGGCGUCGAACGGUCAUGGAACCCGAAACCAACAACCAGAACCCGCACCGUUGCCCAGAGAAAAGUCUACGGGAAGAGGAGGACUGAUGCCCCACGGGCGGUGUUUGAUCAGAGGAGCCCUGCCAGGGUUGUGGAACGGUUAGAUCUGAAGACGAGCGGCGAAGAGGUCGGUGAGGAAGCUGUCGAGGAUGUGCGGGUGAAACUUGCGGAGGUGGCUAUCGAGGAGAAGAGUACGCCGAUAGCUCCGAGGAAGAAGGAUGUGAGGAAGAAAGGAGGGGCUGGGAAAGUGACGAGGAAGGAGAGAAAAGACGAGGAGGUUGAGAUUGUGCAGUCGGUGGAGGUGGAGGAGUUGAAGCCUACUCCAGAUGAGGAGGCGCAUGUUCAAGACUCGAAACCAGCAGAUGAGCCGGAAAACGAGGAACCGGAGCAAAGUCGAACGGAAGAUACCGAAACACCGGAGGCGAUCACUACACCGACGUUAGAGAAACGGUACGAAACAAUGGUCGAAGUCCGGAUCAGCCCCAAGCUCCCGGCAGAGAGAAACCGCCGACGGAUCAAGGCGUGCGAAUCCACCGCAGAGACUGAAACGAGAACAUCACGAAGGAACAAGGACAAGCCAGCGGCUCGGGUGUCGUCUGGAUGCGUCACGGAUGAGAAGGCCAAUGGAUAUGUGCGCCCGAUCCUGAACGAAGCGUUGUCCGCUGCUGCUGCGCAGAGCGUGCAGAAGUUCGACUCAUGGGCUGCUCGAGCGGGUAAUCUGUUGGAGGUGGUCAAAAUCGCCGAGGGUUCCUACGGAGAGGUUUACAAGCUUCGUCUCCGAGAGGAGGUAUGCAAGAAGGAGAUGUCCAGAUCCAAGCUCGCGCGCUUAAAGGCCUAUGGUGAUGGCGUGUUCAAGGUUGUGCCCUUGCGGGCUCUGAGUGGGCCAGGCUCGAAGAAGUUCACCAGUAUCAAUGAGAUUGUGUCCGAGGUCAAGAUGCUCAAAUAUCUGGAUCCAAUCCCGGGCUUUGCCCGCUUCAGAGAAAUUCAUGUGGUCCAGGGCCGGUUUCCUGAGUCGUUUCAGAAGGCUUGGGACCACUACAAAAAGACCAAGGACGACUGCUUGAAUCCGAAUCCAUCUAGUAAGCGGGCCUAUCCUGACUCGCAGCUGUGGGCGAUCGUGGAGAUGGAUGAUGCUGGCUGCGAGCUGGAGAAGUUCGCUUGGACUUCCAUUUUCCAGAUCUACGAUAUCUUCUGGGGAGUCGCAAUGGCGCUUGCUCGGGCAGAGGAAUACGCGUUAUUUGAGCAUCGCGACCUGCACCUCGGAAACGUCUGUAUACGGAGUACACGGCCUGGAGGGUGCAUGGACCCACCCACCAAUGCAGAGAUCACAAACCAAUCGUCCAAGAGUGGCUUCGGGAUUAGCACCCUCGAGACGACCAUCAUCGACUACUCCUUGUCUCGCGCGCAACUGCACCUCAGCGCAGAGGCCGAGGCCUUCGAGAUCGCCUCGUCAGACCUCGACAAGAAACAAAUCUUCGAUGCCAUCGGCCGGGACGAGGACGAGAUUAUGCUCCGAAACACAUACCGAUACAUGCGCUCCCAACUCUACCACGGCGAACCCCUCAAGACCGAAAAAUCCCCCGUCAUCCCGGGCAUCUGGGCCGAAUACGCCCCGCGAACCAACCUGGUCUGGCUCCUCUUCCUCCUCCAAUCCCUCCUCAAGAACAAGAAGCCAGAGCCCGCCUCCUCGCUUCCAGCGCCCCGCCAACCCCUUGCCCCCUGCUCGCCCAACAAGAGCGUCAAACCGACCACCACCGCAUCCAAAAAAGACACCAAACCGAGAACAACACCAGCGGUAGCGAUAAUCCACAACCAACCCCGCGUCUCCGACCUGAAACAAACCCUCGAGAAGAGACUAGCCUCCGUGCUGGAACUGCUUGACCUCGAGCACGGACACGAAGACAUGUGCUGCGCCGCGGACCUGGUUGCCUACGCCAUUGACUCCCAGUGGCUGGAUGACCAGGAUUUUUUCUAAAUACGUAUUCCUGGAUGAUGAUUGGUAUUGCAUUGCGAGGGCGCCGGGAUGGUGUUUCAUUUAGUUCCUUUUGGUAUGUUUUGGGAUAUAGAUAUGGCGGUGGCGUUAUAGAUAGCAUCGUGCUUCUUAUUUUGUUUCUCUGGGAUAGAUUAAUACCCUUGGUAUCUUUAGUCUAUCAUACUGUUCGUUUGCUACGGAAUAU